UUCUGAUACUCAACCUCAACCACCUCGGUUGCUCAAAGCCCAUUCGCCAUGUUCCCUACUCGUGUUCUGCGCAUGCAGGCCUCCCGGCCUUUCGCUUUUCCUGCUCCUAAGGAAAACCACAGCGCCCACACUAUCUCUCAGCGUCUGCGCACUCUGAAGAGAGUCCCCCCGGAGUUGAUCCCUCUCGGUCUGGUCCUUGGUGUCGCCGUCGGUGCUGCCAUCUACUCCAGCACCCGCAAGCUCAUGACCGACAAGACCCUCCGUCUGUACCGCAACAGCCCCGAGGACCGCGAGCACUAAGAAUGUACCAUCACAUUUGAUUUCAAAUUGCAAUGGGCGAUUCUUUGUUUGAUUUUUCGGCGAUCUGUAUCAUUCACGGGGUAGUCGGGCCUUGUCGCGCGGCCAGAGUUAAGAAUGGAAUGCUCGAAAAUUCUCAGGCUCAGGGUUGGAGCGCGUGUAAAUAGUACGGCUUUAAACGAAGGGUUCCUGAUGGUGUAAUAUCGCAAUAUUACUGUCGCCCGCUUCUUGGCUUCUCUUUUUCUUCGUUGCGCCAGUUUCCCCUGGCGUGAGUGGAUUAUCGUAGAGCUCAUUCCGGCUUUGGUCCGGCCACGUCCAGUUCCUCGAGUCCUUGCAUGGGAUCUUGACGUUCGGCUCCGUCGAUCUCGCCCCCCUCGGCAGCCAAUUUGUCUUCCUCGUCGACAGCAUAUUUGGCCAAGU